AUGAUUGGGUCGCAUAAAUUCGAGACGAUGGUGAGAUACACUGCACAGUUAGUUGUGCAUAGUCCCAAACUAUAAAAACUCUCUAGAAUCUUCAAACGUCAGUGUUUACAUAAGAAAUGACGACUUUUCAGUACUCGCUAGUUUUUCUCGUUCUCAUGGCGGUUAUAGUUGCCGGAGACGUCGCAAACGUAACAUACGACGGUCGCUCGCUGAUCAUCGACGGCGAACAUAAGAUCCUUUUCUCCGGCUCAAUCCAUUAUACUCGCAGCACUCCUCAGAUGUGGCCGUCCUUGAUAGCAAAGGCAAAAUCUGGAGGAAUAGAUGUAGUAGACACAUAUGUGUUCUGGAACGUUCACGAGCCGCAACAAGGCCAGUUCGAUUUCAGUGGAAGCCGUGAUAUCGUGAAGUUUAUCAAGGAAGUAAAAAAUCAUGGCUUAUAUGUCUGUCUUCGGAUUGGACCUUUUAUCCAAGGGGAAUGGUCUUAUGGGUAAACUCUUUCCGUCUUUAGAUCGUUGAGAUUUUCCGAUAUGGUAAAACACAAUGUUCGUGGAAUUUUAGGGUUUUCAAUAACACAUUGCAGGGGUUUGCCUUUCUGGUUGCAUAAUGUCCAAGGGAUUGUCUUCAGGACAGAUAAUGAGCCAUUCAAGUAUCACAUGAAGAGAUAUGCGAAAAUGAUUGUUAAGCUGAUGAAAUCGGAAAACUUGUAUGCUUCCCAAGGAGGACCUAUCAUACUCUCACAGAUUGAGAACGAGUAUGGGAUGGUUGGUAGAGCUUUUCGACAAGAAGGGAAAUCAUAUGUCAAAUGGACAGCAAAAUUGGCUGUUGAGCUUGACACAGGAGUGCCAUGGGUUAUGUGCAAGCAAGAUGAUGCCCCUGAUCCUUUGGUUAAUGCUUGCAAUGGGAGGCAAUGUGGAGAAACAUUCAAAGGACCCAAUUCACCCAACAAACCUGCAAUAUGGACUGAGAACUGGACGAGUUUUUAUCAAACAUAUGGUGAGGAACCAUUGAUAAGGUCAGCUGAGGAUAUAGCGUUUCAUGUUGCUCUUUUCAUCGCUAAGAAUGGAAGCUUUGUAAACUACUACAUGUAUCAUGGAGGAACCAACUUCGGGAGAAAUGCUUCACAGUUCGUAAUCACCAGUUAUUAUGAUCAGGCUCCACUUGAUGAAUAUGGGUUACUUAGGCAACCAAAAUGGGGACACCUUAAGGAAUUACAUGCUGCAGUUAAGUUGUGUGAAGAGCCUCUACUUUCAGGACUGCAAACUACAAUAUCAUUGGGGAAGCUACAAACUGCUUUUGUGUUUGGGAAGAAGGCGAACCUAUGCGCUGCCAUUCUGGUGAAUCAAGACAAAUGCGAGUCUACUGUACAGUUUCGUAAUUCUUCAUAUCGUUUGUCUCCAAAAUCUGUAAGUGUCCUGCCAGACUGCAAGAAUGUAGCCUUCAACACUGCCAAGGUCAAUGCACAAUACAACACGAGAACAAGGAAAGCAAGACAAAAUUUGUCGUCUCCUCAAAUGUGGGAGGAAUUUACAGAAACAGUCCCAAGUUUCAGUGAAACGUCAAUAAGAUCAGAAUCCUUGCUUGAGCACAUGAAUACCACACAGGAUACUUCCGACUAUCUGUGGCAAACAACUAGGUUUCAGCAAUCUGAAGGAGCUCCAUCAGUUCUUAAAGUCAACCAUCUCGGACAUGCUCUACACGCCUUUGUUAAUGGGAGAUUCAUAGGUUCUAUGCAUGGAACUUUCAAAGCGCACAGAUUUUUGCUGGAGAAAAAUAUGUCAUUGAAUAAUGGCACAAAUAACUUGGCAUUACUCAGCGUAAUGGUAGGAUUACCGAAUUCAGGAGCACAUCUAGAAAGGAGAGUCGUUGGAUCACGGAGCGUAAAGAUUUGGAAUGGAAGAUAUCAACUGUACUUCAACAACUAUAGUUGGGGAUAUCAGGUUGGCCUGAAAGGGGAGAAAUUCCAUGUUUACACUGAAGAUGGGUCCGCAAAAGUUCAGUGGAAGCAGUACAGAGACUCCAAAAGUCAGCCUCUAACUUGGUACAAGGCCUCAUUUGACACACCAGAGGGGGAAGAUCCGGUGGCCUUGAACUUAGGAUCAAUGGGAAAAGGAGAAGCUUGGGUGAAUGGCCAGAGUAUAGGUCGGUACUGGGUCUCAUUUCACACUUACAAGGGGAACCCUUCUCAGAUAUGGUACCAUAUACCGAGAUCUUUUCUUAAACCAAACAGUAACUUACUAGUCAUUUUGGAAGAAGAAAGAGAAGGGAAUCCUCUUGGUAUAACUAUAGACACAGUGUCGGUCACUGAAGUCUGUGGUCAUGUCUCCAAUACAAAUCCUCAUCCUGUCAUAUCUCCAAGAAAGAAAGGCCUCAACCGAAAAAAUCUAACAUACCGGUAUGAUAGGAAGCCUAAGGUUCAGCUCCAGUGUCCUACUGGCAGGAAAAUUUCAAAGAUAUUGUUUGCAAGCUUUGGCACUCCAAAUGGAAGUUGCGGGAGCUAUUCUAUUGGAAGCUGUCACUCACCCAACUCUUUAGCUGUUGUACAGAAGGCUUGUCUGAAAAAAAGUAGGUGUUCUGUACCUGUAUGGAGCAAAACAUUUGGUGGUGAUUCAUGUCCACACACUGUUAAAUCUCUGCUUGUUCGUGCACAAUGCUCAUGAGAGUCCAAUUCGUUAGUAUAGAUUUCUGUUCCCUUUUUCUUUCUUAUUAUGAACAAAUAACAAAAGUUUUUGUGAAAUAUUACAAAAGCAGUAUACAAGGUUUGAGUUCCACAG